CCAUCUCUCCCGUCCCAUCUCCUCCCUCUCACCAUACAUCCAAUUACCUACAAUCUAUCUUAAUCAAAAUGCUCCGCCCAUCUCCCUCUUGCCCUGUUGACCUGCUCAUCCUCGGAGCCGGCUGGACUUCUACCUUCCUCCUCCCGCUGCUUUCUUCCGCGCACGUCUCCUAUGCCGCGACCACGACCUCGGGCCACGACGACACCAUCCCUUUCCGCUUUGACCCUGACUCUUCCGACAAAGCUCCAUACGAGCGGCUGCCCAAAGCCAAGGUCGUGCUCGUGACGUUCCCUCUCGUCGGAACGGGGCAGAGUAAGCACCUAGUGGGGCUAUACGAGAGCAUCCACGGCAAGGAAGCGAAGUGGAUACAGCUGGGCGCGACUAGUAUAUGGAACGAGAAGAGCGCGCGUGCAGGAGAAGGCGGCUGGGCAGACGAGAACUCGCCUUACGAUACGACCAAUAACCGUGCUGUUGCCGAGGACGAGCUGCGAGGCCUCGGUGGGGUGGUCCUAAACCUGGCCGGGCUAUAUGGAGGGGAGAGGGUUCCCGCGAGGUGGCUAGGGAGAGUGGUAAAGACGAAAGAGGAAGUCCGCGUGAAGGGCUGCGUGCAUUUCAUCCACGGCGCUGAUGUCGCGAGAGCGAUCCUGGCGGUCACAGAGAGGCUGGCGGAGGGUGGCCCGAAGUGGAUAGAAGGGAGGAGGUUUAUCAUUGCGGAUCUGCAUGUAUAUGAUUGGUGGGAUCUUACAAUGGCAUGGGGAGGAAAGAAAGACGACAAAACAAACGCAGAUGAGGAAACGCCGCCAUAUUGCGAAUGGGUAGGCGAGCUGAUGGUAGAAACCGGGGUGAAGGCCCUACCAAGGGCUCCUGAGCUACUGGGAAGGAAGCUUGACUCGAGGAGAUUCUGGAGCGAAAUGGGAGUAUGGCCUCGGGAAGGGAGGUUGGCGUAGGUGUAUUUUCGUUGCUCAAAUAUCAAACUGCUAUUCAGUUUUUAGCCGCAAAGGUGUAUCGGGGCAUCUCAAGCAGCGGCAGAACGGUGUAUACAGAACUAGGCAUCUGCGAAAUCCUUCUCUCUGUAUCCCGAUCUCAUCCUCCUCUUCUUUCUAUAAUGUCGACUGCCUCAUAAAGAACGCGUUGUACUCGAGAUGGGAAGCACGCGAUCCUCAAAAUCACGUAUAGCUGCUCCAAAUUGAGUCGCCCCAUCUGUUUCGAAUUAUCAAACAGUAUACGUGUUUCAGCGGAGUCGCUGGUAUAUGGGUG